UAGACAAAGUUUCCUAGAGUAAGAGCAAAGCCAAAGAAACUUCUAGUUAGAAUGAAGUUUGCAAUCGUUUUCUUUUGUGCGGUCAUAGGAGUGGUUCUUGGUGAACCCGCUAAUGACCAGCAGGAUGUUGUUGCAAAUAGUCAGAAUCAGCCUCAAGCACAAGACCGAGUGUUUGAUUUGAGUCGGAAAUCGAGGCAGCUCUUCGAUUUGUUUGAUUCUUCCAUAGGUACGGCUUACCCGUAUGGUGGUGGACUGACUCAGACAGCCUAUUCUUACCCCGUCGGAACUGGUAUAUCGGCUUAUUCUGGAUACUCAGGCUACCCAACCACUGGUCUUGGGUUCAACAGUGGACAGUACAGCAGUGCGUUGUACGGAGGUGGACCAUAUACAGCUGGAUCGUUAGGCACCGGAGUAUAUGGAAGUGGAUUGUACGGCAGUGGAGCAUAUGGUGGUGCAUUGUAUGGUAGUGGUAUCGGAGCCUAUGGCAGUGGUCUUGGAACGUAUGGAGGUGGACUUGGAACCUAUGGCAGUGGUCUUGGGACCUAUGGCAGUGGUCUUGGUACUUAUGGCAGUGGUCUCGGAGCCUAUGGCAGCGGUAUCGGGUCCUACAGCAGCGGUCUUGGAACAUAUGGCGGUGGUCUUGGAACAUAUGGCGGUGGUCUUGGAACAUAUGGCGGUGGACUAGGAACGUACAGCAGCGGCUUGUACGGAGGAAGUGGAAUCGGUUCAUAUGGAACUGGAGUGUAUGGAAGUGGACUGUAUGGAGGUGGACUAUAUGGAACCAGUGGAAUCGGAUCGUAUGGUGCUGGUUUAUAUGGAGGCAGUGGAUACGGAGGAUACAGCCAGUUAGUUAAUGAUCCAUACAGUACAUAUUCCACGAGAAGCUUCGUCCCGUCGACUUUUUAUAGACGGGCAUUCUGAAGGGACCUGAAGAUGAGCGUAAAUGAUUCAAUGUGAUUGAGAAAUGUGACCCAUGCGAAACUCAAAAUGCCUAAAAAAUAAAUAAGUUAUAAGUGCAAUUCAGAAUACAAUCGUGUUUAUCAUUUUCAUAUGUUAGCACAGAGCGUAAUAAUUAUUU